AUGACUUCCAAGGAGGACGGCAAGGCGGUGCCAGGGGAGGAGCGGCGGCGCAGCCCGCUAGACCACCUGCCACCGCCCGCCAACUCCAACAAGCCGCUGACGCCGUUCAGUAUCGAGGACAUCCUCAAUAAGCCGUCUGUGCGGAGAAGUUACUCGCUGUGCGGGGCGGCGCACCUGCUGGCCGCCGCGGACAAGCACGCGCCGGGCGGCUUGCCCCUGGCGGGCCGCGCGCUACUCUCGCAGACCUCGCCGCUGUGCGCGCUGGAGGAGCUCGCAAGCAAGACGUUUAAGGGGCUCGAGGUCAGCGUCCUGCAGGCAGCGGAAGGUCGUGAUGGGAUGACCAUCUUUGGGCAGCGGCAGACCCCCAAGAAGCGGCGAAAGUCCCGCACAGCCUUCACCAAUCACCAGAUUUACGAGUUGGAAAAGCGCUUCCUAUACCAGAAGUACCUGUCCCCAGCAGAUCGCGACCAAAUCGCGCAGCAGUUGGGCCUCACCAACGCACAGGUCAUCACCUGGUUCCAGAAUCGUCGUGCCAAGCUCAAGCGGGAUCUGGAGGAGAUGAAGGCCGACGUGGAGUCCGCCAAGAAACUGGGCCCCAGCGGGCAGAUGGACAUCGUGGCGCUGGCAGAACUCGAGCAGAACUCGGAGGCCGCAGGCGGCGGUGGCGGUGGCUGUGGCAGGGCCAAGUCGAGGCCGGGUUCUCCUGCACUCCCCCCAGGCGCCCCGCAGGCCCCGGGCGCCGGGCCCUUGCAGCUCUCGCCCGCCUCCCCGCUCACGGACCAGAGGACCAGCAGCCAGGACUGCUCGGAGGAUGAGGAAGACGAAGAGAUCGACGUGGACGAUUGA